AUGCCAUAUUUUGCUGAAGACCGCGCCUCAAUGAGCGCCGCUGAUGUUCCCCUGACGGACCUCGAGCGCGGCUCUAAUUCGAACACCAAUGAAUCUGCCCGCUGGAACGGCUUUUCUCAAUUCCAUCCAUCCAACAUCCUCGCGAACGCCAACGGUCUAGCACCGAAAGUGCCACAGAAAGACUGGGUGGCAUACACGGAAGAUGCAUGGCACCGGAUAACGGUCGCAUUGACGCCGAGCUUUCUGAAACACUAUGUCGGAGGCGAAACGCCCGACGAUACGAAGCUGCACGCCAUCGCUGCCCUUGACGGGCUUCGCGGCUGGGCCUGCCUGCUCGUCUUCAACUUCCACUUCCUUUUUACGUACACGUGGAAAGUCUCAAUUGGAUGGGGUUUCAAUGGCGAUAAUUUCGGCAUUCACCAGCUGCCAGUUGUGCAUCUCUUGAUCUCGGGCCAUGUUAUGGUGGCCAUUUUCUUCGUCCUCUCUGGCUAUGUGCUGUCGUACAAGCCACUCAAGACUAUCCGAUCCCAGUCAUUUGAGCAGACCUUCACAAAUUUGGCUUCUUCGACAUUCCGACGUGGCCUACGUCUAUACGUGCCCGCGUUGAUUGGACUCAUGUGUGUGUUCCUGGCCGUCCGCCUCGGUCUCUACAACUACUCGCACAGCGUCAUCCAGGAGGGCCUCACCAUUCGCGGCACCAAUGAACAACACCCGCCAGUGUAUCGAUCAUUCACAAAGCAGUUCUGGGAUUUCCACUAUACAGUCGCGCAUCUCUUAAACCCCUUUGACUGGAAUCUCUAUUACAACAAUUACAACCCGCAUCUCUGGACCAUCCCAGUUGAAUUUCGCUCCUCAAUUGUCCUAUUCCUUACUAUCCUCGCCACAUCCCGUGUCGGCACAGCUGUCCGCAUGUCUCUCGUUGGGUCCCUCAUCUGGUUUUGUAUGCGCUAUGGCCGCUGGGACGUUGUCCUCUUCUUAUUCGGCAUGAUCAUGGCCGAGAUCGACAUCAUCAACGGAACCUGGGAGCGUCCAGCGGGCUUGAACGCAAUUGACGAGAAAACCAACAUUCGCCUAAGCCCCAGUGGCAGAGUCUUAACCACCAUCUCGCGCCGCAAACUAUGGAUAUCUGUAUUCAUAACCGGCCUAUACAUUGGUUCCGCCCCAAACUUAGGCUUCAAAUGGACCCCUGGCUUUGGAUGGCUAUGGCCUUUGACCCCUCACACUUACGGCGAACUUCAACGAUUCCCACAAUCUAUUGGCGCAGCCCUCAUCGUAUUCAGUAUCAACCACUCACCGGACAUCCAGAAAUUAUUCACCAACCCGCUUUCCCAAUACUUAGGCAAGAUUUCCUUUGCAUUCUAUAUCGUCCACGGACCCAUUCUACACUCAUUGGGCUACUCUCUCAUGCCGAAUAUCUGGGCUAUCACGGGCAAGGAAACCAACUUCCAAUAUUGCUUUGGGUUCUUGAUUGGUUGGAUGAUAUGUCUGCCUAUCUCGAUUUGGGUGGGCGAUAUCUAUUGGCGCGCUGUGGAUAUUCCCAGUGUCAAAUUCGCGCGAUGGGCUGAGAAUUGCGUUCUCGUGAAGAAUGCUCCAUUGGCUCCUACUCCGAGUCUGGGUACUCCAAGGGCGACGCCUAAAUUGGGAUAG